GGAGACUUUAAACUGUGUGGGACCGUUACCACGGAGAUGCAACCGUCCGCAUAAAACAGUAAAAUACGAUAAACAAUCAGAAAACGUGUAGCAUGAUGGAUUCGGAGUAUCUUAAUAAACAUCUGGGGAAAUGUUUGGCUGAAGGACUUGCUGAAGUGGUUGAACGGAAACCCGUGGACCCUAUCCUUUAUUUGGCCCACUGGCUGUACAAGUAUAACUCAAAUACGCUGUACGAGAAGAAGAAGAAGGCAAGUCUGGCUCUGCUGGAUCAAGAUCAGGAAAAAAGCAGCCAAGAAGCAUCACAUCAGGAAAAUCUCACAGAAGAGGAGCAGAUCAGUAAUGCAUCAAAAGGCACAGAGAAAACUGAUGAUGUGGAAACUGAGAAACUUGAAGAUGUCAUCCGGUCCUCGUCAGUGCUCCAGAGUGAAGAUGCUCAACCCGAUGAGACAAUUCACCAUGAAAAAAAAGAGGAAGACAUAACUGACCGCAACCAUGAAGAAAAGGAGGAAGAGAUGAGAGAAAUCAAAGCAAGUCCAUCUCCUAUCGGUCUAGAAAAGGAGGCUGCAUGAUGGAAAUUUUGGACCAGUAAGUCAUUGGAAGGAACCAGAAAGUCAUCAGAAGACUGCCGGAAUAUGACAGCAAUGACGGAUCACAAGAUAAAUAAAUAAAAAGUGCUAUUUUUUUCCUGA